AUGGCGAGGCUCCCGGAGCGCAGCGAGGCUCCCCCGCCGACAGGGCAUGUGUCAGCACUACUGUAUCGUCCACAUGGAGUACACCCUACAGAGCUGAAGCCGCACAGCCACGAGAAAGCUCAAGAAGGAGAAGAGGGAGUCGAGCUGCAAGAAGGAGACGGCACAAACGCGGAUGAGCAGACUGCAGUGGCGAUCGCCAGCGUCCAGCAAGCGGCCUUCACAGACCAUAAUAUCCAAUACCAGUUCCGCACAGAGAACAAUGGAGGACAGGUGACAUACAGAGUAGUCCAGGUGACGGACAGUCAGCUGGACGGACAGACGGACACAACGGGGGCCGUCAGCGUGGUCUCGACGGCAGCAUUCGCCAGCGGCCAACAGGCUGUUGCCCAGGCCGUGAUCCAGAACCCAUUCAGCAAUGGCGGAAGCCCAGCGACGGAUGCCGUCAGCGGGGAGGCCCGCUUUGCAUAUUUCCCGGCCUCUACGGUGGGGGACGCCACAGCGGUCUCGGUGCAGACGACGGAUCAGUCGCUAGCCCAAGCCGGAGGCCAGUUCUACGUAAUGAUGACCCCGCAAGACGUAUUGCAGACGGGAACGCAACGCACCAUCGCCCCCCGUACUCACCCCUACUCUCCGAAAAUGGAUGGGACGCGGACGCCGCGAGACGAGAGGAGGAGAGCCCAGCACAACGAAGUGGAACGAAGGAGGCGGGACAAGAUCAACAAUUGGAUCGUCCAGCUGUCGAAAAUCAUUCCAGACUGCAAUACAGACAACAGCAAGACGGGAGCGAGCAAAGGAGGCAUCCUCUCCAAAGCCUGCGACUACAUCCGGGAGCUGCGCCAGACGAACCAGCGCAUGCAGGAGACCUUCAAAGAAGCCGAGCGGCUGCAGAUGGAUAACGACUUGUUACGGCAGCAGAUCGAAGAACUGAAGAACGAAAAUGCACUUCUGAGAGCCCAGCUUCAGCAGCACGGGAUCGAGAUCGUGGGAGAUGCCCCGGGGCAGUAACCCCCCCCCUUUCACUCACACACACACACACUGCCUCUCCACGUGGGAUCUCAACCCCCCCUUCAGUUGUCCCUUUCGUAUAGCUCAGAAGAAUCCCUUUCCCCCUCUUCCGAGCGAACCUUGCCUCAACCCCUCCCACUGAUGUGGGGAUGUCAGAGGGGAGGGGGGGGAAUUAGGGGAGGGGUGAAGGAAGUCUGGCCGUGUGACAUGUCAGCCACACCAGCCUAGCUCCUCCCCUUUUCCCAAAAGGAUCCUCCGAAUGUCCUUGUCCUUUUUCUUUCCUAAUUUCUUCUACCCCUGUCCCUUUUCUCAUCCUUUACUUAGGCUACAUUAAGGUUAAAGAGAUGAAAGCCGCAGUUCUUUUUUAUAGUAGACUUUUAACACUUCCUUUCCUAUUCUGCUGGCUCUCCGGGGCAAGGACAUGCCCCGGGAGACUUGGCCCCUCGAGCUACCCAGUUGCAUCUUCUUUUCCUCCCUGGCCCUUUUGGAGUCUCUCCACCUGGUGGGAAAUGGGUGGGUUUUCUUGGCCAUUGGACUGGAGAGGCAGGGCUUUUGCCCUGUCCGGUUUGGCUGCCGAACCAAGCAAGCAGGAGCUUUGGCCCCCCACGCCUUGCUACUGAAAUGGCAAGAAAAGGGCUCACUUCCCUUGUUUGAGGCACACACGCGCUAAAACGAGCCCUGCUCACGCAAGAGCACAGGGGAUGUUUCCUGUCCUGGUUCAUGCCAGCAGGAGGGCAAAGCGGCAGACUGCUGAGAUGGUCGACAGGGCAGCAGCAUGGAAGGCUGCAAGUGGCGGUUUCCAGUCUUCGCAGGAAAACCCUGCAAGUAGAAAGCUAGCUCUGCAGUGGGAGACCUCCUUCCUCUCCUUUGCCAGCUUUCAAGUUGCAGGGUUUUUUUGACAUGGGCUAACGUUGCGACCAGUGAUCCUCCACUGGAUGGUGCAGUCUGUUCUUUCUGUCUAACGCCUGCCUCAUUCUCUUGCAUGUGUAAUAUGGGCAUGUCUGAAUAGGCCUAAAGCAAGAGAAUGAGGCAGUAGAAUAGGCUGCCCCACUUGGGAUUGCAGGUGACGGAUCCCUUUUUGGAAUGUUGCUCCCUGCAAGUAGAAAAGGCAGUAAACAGAAGGUCCCUGCUGUGCUUAUUUUCUGCUUGCGGGGAGUGCUUUAUUGCAAAGGCAAUGCUCAGAGCUGGAAUUCUCCCCUGCUUGUUUAAAGUGGCACACCCCCUUCCACUUCUUUCCCCUGCGUGUGUGAACCUGGCCCCGAGUCCCUUUCUGCCCCUUUUCAGCAGGGCUCUGGUCGCAACUAGAUUUUUCUGGAUUGUGAUUCUGAGGGCUCAGAUACACAGACAUUUCUUCCAUCUUAAGCACCUUGCUUAACUUUUGCAAGUUUAGGGGCUGGGACUGUUUUAUUAAACCGGAGAAUGGCUGGGGGGGGGACGCACACUUUAACCCUUUCCUUCCUUUUUAUUUUCUCACUUGAAGAAACUGCUUCUGAGCAGCUUUCUUCUGUUAGAGAGGGGAAAACACAGGUAUAAGUUUGAUUUUACUCCAUCUGGGGGGGAAAAUGCACAUACCUGUAUUUGUUCUGUUUCUCCCCACUGAGAGCGAAAGCAGUUCAGGGGCAGGUUUUCCAGAGAGAAAACAGAAGGUGGAGAAGGGGUUAAAAUCCCCCCUCCCCCAAUCUUCUCCUCUAAUGCUUAAUGAAGCAGUCCUGGAGGCUACAUUUGCAAAAGAAUAAAGAAAAGGUCAAAGCAAAGCAAGUGAGUCCUUCAUUGUGUCUUUUCCCCCUAACUCGAACCACUCUGUUCCCACAUUUUCCCCGAAUUUUGUACAUUUUGUUUAGCACAGUGGAAAGCAAUCUCCCAAGACUGCUUCUAUCUCCUUUUCCUCUUGUUUUGUUUAGUUAGUUUUGGGGCGUUUUUUUUUUUUUUUGUAUAGAGGUACGUUGUUUGUAAGAUAGCUGAAACCCAGGCGAAUUGCAGGAAAAAAAUUAGUGGUGGAUUGAAUUGACAACAGGGUUGCUUUGUUUUUGUUUUUGUUUUGGUUGUGUUUGAAAAAUUAUAUAAUUUUUUAAUUAAACUUCAGCAGUGUUUUAGGACUUCAGGUUAAAAAGGUGAAAAAAAAUAAUAAUCCGGAGAUGAAUUUUUAAAAGAAGCAAUUACGGAUAUUGGAGGGUGAGGUGGUUUUCCCUCCCCCGUUCCAAGAUUUUUUUAAAAAAGGAAAAAUGAAAAGAAUGGCUCCUAGACAAAUAUUGUAAUAUAGCAAGUUUCUUAGGUUUGUUUUUUUUUAUAUAUAUGCAUAAAUCUAUAUAUCAGACCCCCUGAAGAAAAAACAACCAGGAUUGCAGCCGGAAUUGUGAAAAUAUUUGUAUCGUUCGGACCCGCUCUAACCCCGGUGAAUGUGAGGUGGAAGGGAGAAACUUCAAUCACGGGAAAGAAAAGCAAAAAAAAUGUACAUGGUUUUGUCAAAAAAAAUGAAGAUGUGAGUUGGCUUGAAGAGUUUUGAUUGUUGGAAAGUAGGAGAUAAUUCUGUUUAUAUAUAAAAGAGGAAAAAAAACCUGCACAGAAA